UUGGAACUCCAAGGUGCCGUCGUCGUGAUCAGUGGAAGGAGGUCGAGGUGACUUUUGCCCUUCAGGGUGGUGUCAGGGUUGGGGGUAUUCCAGAGAAUGUAGCGCAAUCUUUUCCUCCUGUACCGUACUGCCAAGACCCAAGUUAAAGGUUCUUGGACGCCCUGGGAACAAACAGUUUGAAGCAGGAGUCCAGAGCCAAGGAGUCGUGUUCCCAGUCUAAGAAGAAUCGAAGCGACCAGCAGCCUCUGAUCAAGAUGGUAGACACGGAAAGCCAGCUCUGCCCACUUCCGCCGCUGGACGAAGAUGACCUGGAGAGUCCGCUCUCCGAAGAGUUUCUUCAGGAAAUGGGAAACAUCCAAGAGAUCUCUCAGUCGAUGGGUGAUGACAGCUCAGGACCAUUCAGCUUCAGCGAGUACCAGUGCUCGGGAAACGGACCGGGGUCCGACGGAUCUGUCGUCACAGACACCCUUUCACCAGCAUCAAGCCCUUCAUCCAUUAACUGCCCCGCCGUUCCAGGCAGCGGUGACGAGUCCUGCAGCGGCGCGCUAAACAUUGAAUGUAGAAUUUGUGGCGAUAAAGCCUCAGGAUACCAUUACGGAGUCCAUGCUUGUGAGGGUUGUAAGGGUUUCUUUAGGCGAACGAUUCGACUCAAGUUGGCCUAUGACAAAUGCGACCGCACCUGCAAAAUCCAGAAAAAGAACCGUAAUAAGUGCCAGUACUGUCGUUUUCAAAAGUGCCUUUCAGUCGGGAUGUCACAUAACGCAAUCCGUUUCGGAAGAAUGCCGAGGUCCGAGAAAGCCAAGUUGAAAGCAGAAAUCCUUACCUGUGAACACGAAGUGGAAGAUUCUGAAGUUGCAGACCUCAAAUCCCUUGCCAAGAGAAUUUACGAAGCCUACCUGAAAAACUUUAACAUGAACAAAGUCAAGGCCAGAGUCAUUCUUGCGGGGAAAACCACCAACAAUCCACCUUUUGUCAUCCACGACAUGGAAACGCUGUGUAUGGCGGAGAAGACCCUGGUGGCCAAGCUCGUGGCAAAUGGGAUUCAAAACAAAGAGGCCGAAGUGCGGAUCUUCCACUGCUGCCAGUGCACGUCGGUGGAAACGGUGACGGAACUGACGGAGUUCGCCAAGUCGAUCCCGGGCUUCGCCGGCCUGGACUUGAACGACCAGGUGACGCUGCUCAAGUACGGCGUGUACGAAGCCAUCUUCGCCAUGCUGGCCUCGGUGAUGAACAAGGACGGGAUGCUGGUGGCCUACGGCAGCGGCUUCAUCACCCGGGAGUUCCUCAAGAGCCUGCGUAAGCCCUUCUGCGACAUCAUGGAGCCCAAGUUCGACUUCGCCAUGAAGUUCAACGCCCUGGAGCUGGACGACAGCGACAUCUCCCUCUUCGUGGCGGCCAUCAUCUGUUGUGGAGAUCGCCCUGGCCUCGUCAACGUGGGGCACAUUGAAAAAAUGCAGGAGGGAAUCGUGCACGUGCUCAGGCUCCACCUGCAGAGCAACCACCCCGACGACGUCUUCCUCUUCCCCAAACUCCUCCAGAAGAUGGCCGACCUCCGGCAGCUGGUCACGGAGCACGCUCAGCUGGUCCAGGUCAUUAAAAAGACAGAAUCGGACGCGCCCCUCCACCCUUUGCUACAGGAAAUCUACAGGGACAUGUAUUAGCCGUGCGGGUCGGGAAACGCCUCCGUCCCGGUGGAAGCCAUCAGCGAGAUCCCUCUGGGAUGGGAGCCAAAGGGACUGCGGGGGCGGGGGUCACGAUCGGCAGGGGACGUCAAGCUAGAGCCCGAGAAACCCAGACCGUAGGGAACGGGCCCCCCGCCGCCUCCACCCCCGCCCCCGUUGCGCGGGGCGGGGGUCUGUGUGCCCGCGUGCUUGGGUCGGUUUCGUAAGCGACUCCUUUAGAGAGCCGGCAACCCGCCCCGGAGCCGACGAGAGUGGAUUUGGAAUCGGCGGCGGGGCGAAGCGGGGGGGAAUCCGGCCGAGAGCGAUGGCGUACGAUCAGAUGAGUCGCUCCGGCUUCCGAUCCCUCGCCCGGUUUGGAGCGACGCGGGUCUAUUUAUAUUGUGUUAGUUAGAGAAUUUGCUUAACGAAUCGGUCCCCUCAAUCUGGGCCCGCCCCACUUGUGCCUACCCCUCCUUCCGGCGUUCCCCCUCGCCUCCUCCGCCCCCCGUCCCCACGAGAGCCCGUCAGCACUUUCUGGUAACUUGUGUAAUGCCGUAAACCUGGGGGCGGCUGAGGCCCGGGCCUCUCAGGGCCGGGAAGGAUUUGGCAGACCUCGAUUCCUCUGCGUCCCCCAGCCCUACGGGCCAGGCGGCGCUCCUCAUUUCGACCUUGGUAGAACCGAAGGGGUUUUGAAAGGGUCCCUGGGAGAAACCACAAGGAGAAAAGCCGCUCUGCCCAGGCCGGAGCGGGCGAGAGGCUGGUUUUCCCAACGGGCGCGGGUGGCUCCAGACUUGGGCCCUGAUGCGCUGUGGUCAUUCCUUCCUAGAACAGAACCGAGAGUGAGCUGGGAAAUUUCGCCAGACCCCCCCAACCGGUCCCCGUCCCCUCGCCCCCCACCGCCUCCCCGGGACCCUGACGGUACGAGGGCCCUCUGACCCGGUCGUGGUCACCGGGGGACUUGCCACCGUUGCUGUUUUUGCAGUCCAGCGGAGCCGGUGGGAACAGGGUAGGCGACUGGGAGAGGUCCCUCGCCGGGAGUCCCACCUGAAUCCGAGCUGAUGGGGAAGGGGGUUCUGUGCCCUCCCCCCCCACACACACACACACAACUGUGGCACCACCCCCGUCAGCCUCCUCGAGGGCACCGAGGCCCGUCCAUGGGGUCAACGUGCCGGGCUCCGGCCGGGUGGGUCCCCCCUCCGACAAAGCUGGGGCCGGCCUGGGGUCGAGCGAGAAGACCACCGCCCGGGCAAAUCUGGGUCAGAAACGGAUUGUUCCACUGGAAACCGCCUCCAGAAAGCCUGUCCAGAUUCGAGGGGCUCUGGGGCUUCCACGGGAAUCACAGAACUCGUUCCGGAUCAAUCAGGCUGGUCCCAAGAGCCCAGGCAGACGGGCUUCUUCCCUCAGGAGGGUCGGAAUUCUCCCGGGUUGUCCCUUUCCGGCAGCCAUCGACCACAGACCAUCCCUCCCCUCCCCUCCCCGCAGCUCCAGGCGGCCGGCCCGUCAAGGAGCAUCACUGGAUCGCGUUGCCCCUCUAGAAAAGAGUAAAAAGAAUAGCUUCCCAUGGUGGGACUGUCGCCGGCUCAUAGCUGAUCUUCAGAGUUUGUCGGUCCGCCGUGCUUCUCACGUCCAGGUCACCCCGCUGAUUCUUUCUUUUUGUGCCAUAGAAAUAGUCUGUUUUGGCCCCGACGACCGUUGCCAGUGCGCUCAGCCAAGGCCCAUAUGGUCUGCAGGCUUCCGCGUCCCUGGCCGAAGAAACGACCAGGGACGGAUCCGCGGGCAGAGAGGGCUCACGGGAAAGGGCCGGGGGCGUCUACCCGUUCGGGGCUUUUUCACAGAAGAGGCCCCGAGGUGGGCAGGUGGGUUAGCGCCUUGAGAGGGCGGAGGGUUGCCCUGAGGAAAAGACCAAGCCGGGAGGGGUCCCGGGAACUGGAGUUUAAAGGAACCGAGAAUGCCAGGGGCGGAGGUCGAGAGGCUGGGAACGACUUGCCCUUCCCCCUCUCGGUGCUGCGAUCCCGCGGAGCGGCCUGGGCGAGCGAUGGGCAGCGAGAGCAGGGUCAGGGACCUCUCUCUGUCCGGUGGCCGGCCCUCAGCCACAGCUAUAAUGCCCUCGAUGCCCAAAUCACCCCAAAUGGGGCUCGGUUGUGCCCUCCAGCCAGCCCAGCUGUUUAGCAGGAAACACGGAGACCGACCGGUGGCCCGUUCCAUCCUUUACAGGCCGUUGGAUAACGUCUUUUCUGAAAAUACCCGCCUUCUUGUCAAAUCUUUCCCAAAAUGUCAUUUCAGCUACGCUGUCAGUCACCCAAAUCAAGCGACCCAAGGGGAACGCGUGCCGUUCCCUGGGCCGGACGCUGAGCAGGCUUUCUGCGAUCUCCUGAGACUAGCAAGCCAGUCAAUUACAUCACCCCCAACUUCCCUCCCCGCCAAAAAGCUCACACGUGAGCCGCCAGCGAGUUGAUCCAGAAGAGGUCACGAGAUGCGAAGCGUUCUUUUCCUCGUCGUUAAUGGAAAUCACAUUCUCUUUCCACCGCAUGCUGGCAGCAGCCCUAGGCCCCGCGGCCUGACCGUUCCUCAGGGAGGCUCUCUUGAUUUUUCCUCCAUUCCGCGUCCAACCGGAAGGCAGAGCAGUCGAGGAACUUGCCCCCGAUGAUCCAGCGGGUCUGGACAGCACGAGGAUUCGAGCCUGGGACGUCUCUCCAGCAGCGGCGCCGGGCCAGGGCGAAGGAACCGUCGGCGUGUUUUCAUCUGCCGGAGCAAACCUUGGCCGACAGCACGUGAGGGGUGACGUCUUCCGGAGAACAAAACCCCGAGGAUGGGCCGCACUGGCUAUAGAGCUUGGCGGGCACCCGCCGGGGUCAGUCACAUCCCCGUCCGGUGGACUGGGACUGGACCAAGUGGUGGGAAUCAGGUCAUCCCGAGACUCUAGAGCCGAACUUGGCCUGUGCGAAUGUUGGUGACCACUCAACCACUCUGGCUAUUCCCUAUGGGCCCAACGGCACCGUCCAACUGUCAAUCAAUCAAUCAGUGCUAUUUAUUGAGCGCUUGGGAAAGUCCUGUAGAACGGAGUUAGUAGACCCCCCUCCCCGGCCCACAACGAGCUGACAGUCUAGAGGGUCCUGUGACUGCCUCCCGGCUAGAUCGGCGGCGUUUUCCGAGCGCCCGGUUUCCCCGCGUUGGCCCUCUCUGCUGGAGGAAGAGCUGUGGUCCGUGAAGGGUUUCAAGGAAGAAACGGGAUUUAGACAGUCGGGGCCUUAAGUAAUUCUGUGCCUUAGGUUCUGCAUCCAUGCUCAACGGGGCUCGACGUAUUCCUCGGAUCGCGGAGAUCUUUCGAAGUCAUAGGAGGGCAAAGGAGCGUCCGUCCCCUGUAUUGACUGGUUGGAACGAACUGACAUUCCAUGUGCAGCUGACGUAGCAGCCCCCUAUCUUCAUUCACUCUUUCGUAUAGGGAAAAUCCGGGAAGAGUCGCAAUCCCCAAACCUUCCCCACUCCUUCGGUUUUCCACAUUUCUGCCCCCUGAGAGUUUGAAACUCGUCCUUCACUGCUUAACGUAGACAAUUUUUUCCUCCAAAAAAAUGGCCCAAAUUAGCCGCAGGUCUCCAUUCUUUCAUCUGUCGCGUCUUCCUCAAGGAAGAACAAGCUGUGGCAGAGAUAGGAUUCCCUUCCCAACAGUUCCUCCUGUCAGGGCGUCAGGGAUUGGGCACAUACUGUUACGGAUGGUUGGAAGUAAAACAUUUGUCUUUGAACUUUUCUCACCCUCAUUUCCUUGAUAUGUUUGAGGCCAGUUUGGAAGCAGUGAGUUUGGUUUGUAUUUUGCUAAAGAUGGGUCUGAGAAGAGCAUAGCAUUAGUGUGUCACAGAAGGAAGCCACCUGCAUCUUGUGGGGUUUUGAUUUUUUUUUCUUUUGAGAAGUGAAAAAUGGGCCCUCCCUUUCCUACCCAGUGUUGUCCAAUAAUAAUAAUAAUAAUGGUAUUAAGCGCUUACUAUGUGCCAAGCACCGUUCUAAGUACUAG